CUGUGCCCUGGCGGGGAGCCAGCCACUCGGCAGCCCUGCGGCAGGAGACGGGUGCCCAUGGACUGGCGCUGAGCCCCCCACCUACUCCCUGCCUCAGGGGGUGGCCUCCGGGCCGCUCGCCCAAGGAAGCCACAAGUACCCUCCGGGAGGAAACAGGGCGGGCUGGGCUUCUGCUGGUGUUUUUUUUGGGGCAGGAAGAAGAGGGGUGUGGUGGUGGGUGCUGUGGCUCCUUCAGGCGCCAGCCCACCCCCUAACCCUGUCCCCCUCUCCUCCCGGCUCAGGAGCUACAGGAAGAUGGCGUGCCUGCCUGCCGCCCCGCCAGCACGGGCCUUGAGGAGGUGGCUGGGGCUCGGGCUCUUCGUGCUGCUCUGCCUUCAUUUAGGCUAUGCACUAGAGAAGAAAGUCAAAAGCAAACUUGGGGAAAAAGUUGGCCUGCCUUGUUGUCAUGAAAUUGAAAGCUCGGAUAGCCUGCAUAAUUACCGUGUCUACUGGCAGAAGAACACCAUGGAGGUAGUACUUGCUUACGCAGAGGGGAAGGAGAUCUCCAAGGACAAGCGGUACAUGAACCGGACAGAGAUGGAUGACAGAAACUUCACCCUGUGGAUCUCCCCCGUGGAAAUCCUGGACAAUGGCCCUUACCAGUGCGUAGUUCAGCACCUCAGAUCUUCGCAGAACCCAUCUGUUGUGUGUGAUGAGACUGUCACCCUCUUUGUUACAGCUGAUUUCAGUAAGCCAAACAUAACAGCAAACGUAUCCCGUAAUUCUUGUGAAUCAACUGAGAUGGUGGUAAGAUGUUCUUCUUACGGAGGUUUCCCCAAACCUGAAAUCACUGGGAUCCUCAACAACGAGUCUGUGGUGUGGAAUGUCAGCUGGGUGUCUGAGUCCAGCCUCAGCCCGUACAGUGUCACUGGCAUACUGCACCUCAACGUGACCAAAGAUGUCAGCUUCACUUGCUCCGUUGGAUCCAAUGGCUUUACCAAGUCCACCAGUUUGCUUCUGAAAAAAACAAAUGACUGCGUUGUCCCUACUGUGCCUCCAUCUUAUAAUGUCAUUACUGCUUCAAGUAUCAUCAUUAUCAUCUUCCUUUUGGCUAUCACCCUAGCAGCAAGAUACCUCUCAAGGCAUGUCUGUUCUCGCUGUUGUAAGCCUCAAGAUUCAGUGGAAGAGGGUGUGAAAGAAUGUACGAAGACACCCAUGAAUGUACGAAGACACCCAUCUGAAACAUCAUCUGUAUGACCAGAUUGCAUUUGCAGGUUUCUUAUCCUGUGUACUCCGCACUGCAGUCCCCACUGUUCGUUGCACAGCAAUGCUUAUUGCGUUGACCCUUUGGCUCCCUGAAAAGGGAUGACAGCAGUAGAAAACUCUGCUCAAGAUGACUGACAACAUAAUCUUGUGUGAAUGAAUACAAAACCCCACCUACGCCACAGCAGUUGUGGGGUGGUCUCCUUACGAUGGGGUCGCUGGAAUUCCAACUGGGAGGACUCUCCGUGUUCCUGCAACGGGGCAGAAGAAAGUCGUCGGCAUCGUGCUGCUCUCGCAC